GAUCGAGAUUUCUUUUCUUAUCCGCGAGGGUCAAAGUACAUGCAGGGUACAUUGUCAACCAAGCCGAAAUGACUGAAUUUGGAGACAAGGCAGUCUAGAUACCGGACUAUAAAUUCGACUAUAACUUUACGGUUGUUGUGGUUCUUAGACAUCAUUGUACUCUGGCUUUGUAUAUUAAGUAUUGUAUAUUCUUAUGUGCUUAAAAAAUACGUAAAUAUUUCUGUUAGUUUUCGACAAUGUAUCAUUAGUUAUGUUGUAUUUUUGACACGUAAAUUUGUUCAGCAACUUGCUAAGCCUCCAAUGAUCGUCAUCAGAAGGGAGGCUAGCGCUGCGAUAGGCGUUGAUCUCUCGGUUCAACUGACGGACUUUGUGGGUAAAGUAGAGGCUCGACAUAUAUUUGAAUGGAAAUGUUUUCUACUUUUAUUACUAGGCCUUUGCCUAUGACAUACACGUUAUCAAUACGCAGUUGUCAUUUAAAUUGAGAUUAUAAAUAGGAAGAUAAAAAUACCGAAUUUAUGAAUGAAGAUAACAACGUUUGAAUGCCCUGUGUCUGUUUUGAAGUCAAAACAUAAUAACGUCAUGGAUCAACCAUGGGAUCAGCCAAGAUCUUUUCUAGGGAACGGGGUGCAGAGAGAAGAAGGUACAAGCCUUCUCUGUACAGCUAUGUACGAUUAUGAUGCAUCAAAUGACGAUGAAAUCUCACUCCGUCAAGGUGACCUUGUGGAAAUUAUAUCUCAAGAUCAUUCGGUAUCAGGUGAUGAUGGAUGGUGGACUGGAACGGUAAAAGAUAAAGUGGGAAUCUUCCCUAGCAACUACGUAAGUCAGCCACAUGUUUUACUACGCAACCAACAAAAUGUUACUCUUCAAGAAAUAGAUUUUAAGGAGUUAAUUUUAUCCGAAGUAAUCGGUGUAGGUGGAUUUGGUAAAGUAUAUCGAGGCUUAUGGAAGAAUGAGGAGGUGGCGGUGAAGGCGGCAAAGUAUGAUCCUGAUGAAGAUAUAUUUGAAACUAUAUCGAACGUUAGGCAGGAAGCAAGACUUUUUAGUUUACUGUCGCAUCAAAAUAUAAUUUCGUUGAAAGGAAUUUGUUCCAAAGAACCAUGUGUUUGCUUGGUUUUGGAUUAUGCAAGGGGCGGUGCUUUAAAUAGGGCAUUAACUGGUAGACAGAUUCCACCAGAGGUUUUAGUUGAUUGGGCAAAGCAAAUUGCCGUAGGAAUGAAUUAUCUUCAUAAUGAAGCAGUUGUACCACUUAUUCAUAGAGAUUUAAAAUCCAGCAAUGUAUUGAUCAGUGAAAAAAUAGACAAUAAUGAUUUAUAUGGUAAAACGCUGAAGAUCACAGAUUUAGGCCUUGCACGUGAAAUGUACAAGACGACAAGAAUGAGUGCGGCUGGUACGUAUGCAUGGAUGGCGCCAGAGGUCAUCAAAUCCUCAACCUAUUCCAAGAGCAGUGAUGUGUGGAGCUACGGUGUUCUUUUGUGGGAAAUACUCACCGGCGAAACACCUUAUAAGGGAAUUGAUGGUUUAGCAGUGGCUUACGGAGUUGCCGUUAACAAAUUGACACUACCCAUUCCAACAACAUGUCCAGAUGAAUUUGCACAACUAAUGGAAGAUUGCUGGCAUGAAGAUCCACAUCAGAGGGCGACAUUCCCUGAAAUACUUGACCGUCUUCACAAUGCAUCGGAGUCCUCGUUUAUGGACACGCCACAAAAUUCAUUCCAUUUACUCCAGCAAGACUGGAAGCAGGAGAUUAAGGAGAUGUUCAGUCUCAUCCGCUCAAAAGAAAAAGAAUUGAGAAGCCGGGAAGAGGACCUUCGGAGAGCAUCAUUACACCAACAAGAACAGGAAAUGGUGCUUAAGAAACGAGAGCAGGAGCUAGCCCAACGUGAGAUUGAUCUGUUAGAGAGGGAGUUACACAUUGUAUUCCAACAACAGAGUGAAAACAAACCACAACCGAAGAAAAGGAAGCGACGUCCUCGAAUGAAAGAUAAAAAGCACAACCGAAUUAGUAUGCCCUCUGAUUUUCAACACAAAAUAUCUGUGCAAGCAACGUUAAGUUAUAACAAGAAUGACCCAAGGUCACCCACUAGUCCAGAAAGUCCUCCAAAUAGUCCUAUACCCAGGUUACGAGUAGUUCUUGCAUUACCGAAGAAGCCAAAAGGUAAAACCUGGGGACCAAGUUCAGUACAUCAAAAAGACAGGCACAAAGGGAUCAAGAACAAAGCCAGGUCACUAUCAGUCGCUACGGGCAACAAAUUCAGUAGUACACCAAACUUAAUCAAGCCUAUACAUACGCACUGGCCAGGAAACUCAAAUCUAGCAAGAGACAGAGACCAUUCUUUUGGUGAAGACGGUUGGCCAGAGGAACUCUUUGCCCCCAAACCACAUUGGAAGGACGUUCAAAAAGAGCCAGACUCAGAAGAAAGUAACGAACAUUCAAAACUUUCGAGCAGAAACUCGAGCCCUAAUGAGAGUCGUAAAAGGACUAAUAUAGGUCUAUAUGGUGCAGCCGCAAUUCUUUCUUCGGUUGCGUUAGGCUUUGACAUCCGGCGGACAAAUUUAUCAAUAUAUCAGUCUGGAAUGCUGGAACAAAUGAAAGACAAUAACGGAAGUCUACGGGCUCGGCAUUUAAGUGAGUCCUCCGAUCCAGGUCCAUAUCAAGAAUACGAUGAUGAUGAGUCGGACUAUACGUCAGAUUUUUCAGUAGCUUCCACCAUACGGCUUAUCCCAACCUCUGACCAUUCUUCCGGUAGGAGUACACCUCAUAGGCAGGAUUCAUAUCCUGGGUUUGAUUCAUCUCAUUCCAAGAAUAAACCCAUUCGAUAUUCGAUGGGAGAUUUUACGAUUGGUGAGCCAAGCCAUUCGACGCCGCGCGAAAUCAAUCGGUAUUCAAUGAGCGAUGCUACGCUUCUGCAACAGGAGCAGAAUGUUAAGAAAACGCAUAGGAGGACUGCAUCCGCGGAUGAUAACUUAAACACAAUUACUCCGACAUACAGGAGAACGUCAUCCAAUGACUCCAUACUGACCACUAAAAAUGACCCUUGGACAAAUAAUCACCCAGAGCUGACAAGACUUCCCACCCCUCCUCAACCACCCCCUAGGAGGACAAGUUUUGGUAUGGAUGGACAAGCCGAGAGGCCAAAGACAUUGGAUAUCUCAUCUCGCCCACGCCCUUCUAAAGGUCUCUACCAUUCACCAGGGCCACAUCCGAAUGCUAUAGGAUUUGCGGAUUCAUUUACGCCCACCCAUACCCACAACCAAUCCCGAAACAACAGUUGUAGUACACCAUCUUCCAGCCAAACUUCCUUCUCACCCGAGACUCAGACGAUGACGAACAAGACCACGCUACUAGACGCUGAUGUCGAGGGCCAGUGGAAGGACAACACAAAACCAAUGUUACAGCCGCGACCUAGGCAGCUGUCCAUAUCCGAAUUAGAGAGUGAAUUUGUAUGAUGCAACAGUCAAAUGCACUAUGACUAUGGGAUAUAUGAUGCACAGGUAAAAUGCAUGAUGGGAUAGUUAUGACUUCCUGAGAUUCAGUACAGUACUGGAAGAAUUUACAGAAAAUAUUGUUAAUUCGAGAAGUUGUUUACAUUUUAUCAAGGUUUAUACAUUGAAUCUUUAUACUAGCAGCCGUUGUGAAAAACUAAUAAUGUUUAUAAAUUAUAAAUGUAUUUAAUCUUUAAAUAGAAAAUAGACUGAGGCUUAAUAAAAUCAAACCCAGUUGAUCAUGUCUAAUAGAAUAUUUUAAAAAACUAUGAAUCGAUGAAAAUUAGUUGUUGCUAUUACAGCAUAAUUCCAUAAUUUAAGGCCAAAUUUUUAAAAAGAAGUUAAUCAUUUACAGUUUUCUAAAGAGGUUGAUAAGAUAAUUUUUUAUUUGGCCACACAAUAAAUUUUAUAUGUACAAUGUUUUGCUCAUAUAUGACGAUGAUAUAUCAUAUCUCACAUAUGAGGCGUGUCAUCUCAAAACCAGUGUACUUUUGCUAUAUGUUGGACUGAGUAAUUAGCAUCAGAAUGUGGCACUGUAUUGUAUACAGUACAGAGAAGUCUUAAUACUUUUAAGUAUUUUUUUUUUAACCCUUAAUACUUUUAGUCACAACUUUGGCAAUGGUAAGUCGAUUCCAGUAAAAUGACACAUCAUUUUAAAGCCUUUAAUGUGGAGAAUAUGAAUAAAUUGGAAAGUCAAUUAUCAUUUGGUGGCCGUUGAUGCUGGUGUUAAGAUGGCAUACCCCAUAUAUGGGCAAAUCACAGGUGAUUGUCUUGAAAAACUUAAUAGUGUGACAAAAAAAUGUGAUAUGGCCAUAUUUGGGUGUAAUAUGACAUCUUUGUGCCCAUAUAUGUCUCAUAAAACUGAAUAGUGUAGACAGGACUCAGUACCUCUUUGCAAUUUGCCGACAUAGGCAUGGAUAGUUAGAAGCCAGAUGGUUUCGGCUGAUCUUGGCAUUAUGUUGUAGAUAAGCAUUAUAUUUAUUCCUAAAAGCCAUUGACAUAAGUUUGAGCAAUAGCGAAACCUGCCUUGGUUAAUAUGCCAAAACUACUACAUACCUAUACUUAAAUAUCAUGCAUUGGUUGCCCGAUUCUUGAUUUGUGGAUUGUAGAUAAUCUAUCAAUAAUCGCUUACUAUCAUGUUUAAUAAAGAAAAAUGUAAGAUUACAAGGUAAUCUUCUAGCUAGUUUGCGGUAUUUGUAAAGAUAAUGCUUGUAAUUAUGAUUUUGAUAAGCUUGAACAUUCUUUUACUUUGGAUACCCAACAUAACAUUUGUAGUCUCUGCCUAAUAUUUCCUUUACUUUUUACUUUAGUUUUUUCCCAUUAAAAGGUUAUCACAACCUUCAAGUCUUGGCCAACAUUAUUACUGCACAUAGGGGAUUUUUUUUUCCUCAGCUGCCAGCCUUGCAUGACAACUCAUAGAAACCACUUGUUGUGUUUUAUGUUUUCACCCUGUGGGACCAAUGGACCUUUCCGCCAUGUCAAUCAAACUUAACAACUGACCAAUCAGAACAGAGCUGAAAAAUAUGGGGCAUGUCCUGCAAGCACAUGUUUUAUGAAUUUACGCUGUCAUAUGGGACCUUAGCAAAAAUAUCCAUGGGCCGGGACUUACCCGAAAGGUCCAUUCCGUACUUUAUAUCUCUUGUGGUUGAGAUUUGCCCAAUUUAAAUGCACGUCCUUACCCGAUGCUACCAGCUACCUGAUGUAUUCGCAAUGCAACAUUUUAAGUUUGAUGGAUUAGCCAAUGAGAACAGAGAUCUUAUUUACAUAAUAAGGGUAACAGGGCACUUUCCUCACGGUGUGUGUCUGAUAUUUGAAGUUGAGAGUUAAAAAUCUUGCAAGAAAGCAGCUGAGCUGAAAUCACUUUCAUGUUCUGUAGGCUUAAUGCAGUCAAUUUAUCACAUUUGAAAAAUAGCAAUAAUAAAUGAUACUAAUAAAAUUCAUAUGCUUUGAUAACUCAGAACAAUCAAAUUAAUUGACAAAUAAGCAAAUACUUCAUGGCUUUUAUGAAGUAGAAAAUAUUGUAAGUCGUAUUUGUAUGUUACAUAUUUAUAUCAUAUCAUUAUUUAUAUCAGUGUAACAUGUAAUUUGAUACGAUAUGCAGUUAUUUACUGUUUAUCCUUUGGAAUUACCUGUCUAUAAAAUCCCCAAUGUAGGAAAAAAAACAAUUUGCAGUGUGUAUAAAUGUUAAUGUACAUGCAUUCCCAGCCAAUUACAAAAAAGCAAGCUCAGGAUGUUGAAUUUUUUUAGCACACUGAAUGAUGAAUGUUAGCAAAAUAGUCUUUCUUGUGUCAGCUUAUGACAGAACUACAAGUGUUGAAACCCUUGGUUGUGGGAGAUUUAAGUUAUGAACAGUAAGUUUGAGGAAGACCAUUUUAGUAGUGUUAUAAACCAACCUCAAUUGCCACAAAAUUGCACCAUUCUUUUGCACCACUGUCAUCUCUUUUUUACAACAUAAAUUAAAUAUUAUACAUAUCUUUUAUUGCUAAUGUUUAAACAUUUAUAUGUAUGUGUUGGUCAUUUACAUAUGCUGUCUAAAAUCUAAUAACUGUAAAUUGUAGAUGCUAUCUAUCUGAUCAUAAAAAUGGUUUUUCAAAUUAUUUUCCAAUAUUGAAUCUUCAUUGGUAUAAAUGUAGCCCUGGUAAAAGCAUGCUCAUUCCUGCAUUUGAAUGGUGGUACCUGUUGUGUUUUAGGCCUAGAAUCAGUCCAGCUAGUCAGUUAUACAGUAGGCCAUGGGUUUUUUCCAGUAUAAGGGAUAGUCACUAGUCUUGAGAUGGUCCAGCUUAGAUACGUAUUUGAACUUUAACUUUUAAACUGCAUAUUUAUAACACAUGGCAGAAUAGCAAAAUUUAUUUGUUUUAAUCUUUAAAACUAAUUGCUUUUGUACAAACCAUUUUAAAGACUUUUUUGUUGCCUAAUUUAGCAUCAGGUCUACCGUAUUUACCAAGAGACCAUUUCUGAAUGUAAAACUUGGCUAUGUUGAUUAUUUGUAUAUUUUUUUCCUAAUAAUACAAUAUUGAUAUAAGAUUAUUUAUUAGCUUGCUGAAGUCCUCUCUCUAAGCUCGCAUCCCCACUUUUGUGAAAUGUGUUCACAAUAUAAACAGAGCAACUGUCAGAGGUCUCUCCAUCCAUCACUUAAUCAAUCGGUCAAUAAAAUAUCAGAGUUGUGCUAUUAGUUAUUAAUGUAAUAAACAAUUUAAGGUAUCCCAUAUCAAAAUAUGUGGCAUAGUGGUAAGGCAUCAGGAUUUUAAUCUGAGCGUGGUGGGCACAACACAUAACACUAGGUAUUCGCUUUCCCCUCUAACAUUGUCCUCAGGUUCUGCCUUUUGGUUUGCAUGCAGGAUAUAAUUAUUCAUUGUUUUCAAUCAGUUGAUCAUAUACACAAGUAAAUGUGAUGAUUUCCAGAGUAUGAAGAAAGAAUUCAUAUCAAAAAGUAGAGCAAUGCAUAAUCAUAGCAACAAUCCGUAAAUUAGGUGGCUUAAGUUUGGGCCAUGCAUGUCACCCUAGAUGGUGUGUGUGAUAGUAGUUAAUACCUUGAAUAUUAUGAAGUUAAGUUAUUAGCCAAAGAUAAGUAUGUAGUUAAAUAAUCAACCAUGUUCCACCUAAUAUCUUCUAGAAUUUAAUUUAUUCAUGCUGAUGUUAAAUUAAUAAAUAAAUAAAAUUGUCUAUAUACAAAUAGAUUAAACACUGUCAUUAAAUAAUACCUUGUGUUCUUUAAUGUAGCUGUAAAAUGAUCAAGCAUGCUGAAAGGUUUUCCUUAGGAUUGUUAGUAAUUAUGAUUAUUUAAAUUUAAUACAGUAAUAUUAAAAUAUUAUAUAAUAUACAGAAUGCGGGAAUUUUAAAAGUAACAUUGCCAUUUGUUUUUGUAACAUUCCCCCGCAAUUUAGUAUGUUAUAAUGCUCAGAGGGUCCUUUUAUUAAAUGAUGGCAAAUUUGCUGGUUCAUGGCCAAUCAAAGAGGUAGAUAAUUCAAGAUGUUAGUAUUUAUAUCAAGGAUGAAUGUAACCUCACUGAAAUCAUCUAAUGAAUGCCUGAGUCUACCAGUUAGGAAAAAUAAGUAAUUUGAAUUGAUUUUGCUAAACAAUUUAUUUAGCUAAACAUUUAAUAUUACUAUUAGCCAAUUAUAUGUUUGGAGUCUGAGGAUGUUUGUAUUUCAGACAACACAUUGGAAUAAUGCAGGCUCAUCAUGAUUAUAUAGAAUAUAAUUUUUCUUAUUUAAUUUGAAAAUUAAUAUAGGCUACAAAACCAUAAUUGCAUUUACAUAUAACUACAACACUUGUGUUGCAUCAUGACUGAUGGUGUAUUUGUCUUUCAAGUUAAGUUAGCAUCUAUUUGACCACAUUCCAAAGGUACAUCAUCAUCUUACCAAGAUGAGUUUUAAUAAAUUGAGAACUUAGUACGGACUUAUCCCAAAUGAUUGUAGGUUGUAAAAGCAAAAUAGAGAAUUUGUAGAUUUUUUUUCCUUGCUUAUGUGUACUUUCAGUUUUGCCUUACAGGUGGGGAUUCCUUAAGUAAUAACAAUGACAUCAUCUUAUGGGUUGGGGAUUCCCUGAUAAAAGUUCAUUUGCUUUACAAAUUCAAUUAGCCUAAAUAAUUCACAUGAAUUGGAAAGACAUCUGGGUACUUAUAUUUCAUUUGUAUUUUCGGUUGUCAGUAAAUUCAGUUAAAAUGAAUUUGGAAUCAAAUAGCUAGGCCUCAUGUUUAUAUUUAAAAAAUAUGAAAUAGAAAUGAUCCUGAAAGUAAAAUUUAUAAUGUAAUUAAUUUUAAUAUCAAUAUUGACAUUAAUAUCAAUAUUGACAUUAAUAUCAAUUUGCUCUCAAUCUACCACAAAUUAGACAAACUGUAAGUUGGUUGAUGCAACUUCCAUUGAUCAUGUCUUUCAAUUAAUAGCUCAUGAUAAAUUAUGGUACAACAGAAUAUGCACUUGUUAAUGGUACAGUGGUACAGUAUUCUCUUCAUCACAGCCAAUCAUGUAAUAGAUACCUCAGGAUGAUACGUCACUCUUAUUAUGCAUAGAAGGAAUAAUGCAAUUGUCUUAUUAAAUAUUAUAUCAACUUGAAAUCAUCCAAUGUAAGAACUCACUGUGACUUCUUUGGUUAAUUAUUAGGGCGCCAGAGCAAUAGAUUAAAGUCUUUGGUUCGAAUCCCUAGGAAUUCAAAUUUAUUUACUUAAUUUUCCUUUGUUAAAACUUGCUAACUCAUUGUAACACUUCAAUAACAGGGGGAAAAAACAAUAUAAAUUUAAAGUAAUGAUUUUAAAAAAAUUAGACGAAAUACAGUAUGUGUUUGGUUCCUCAUUUUCCAGGAUUUCUAUCUAUUUAGAGCCUACAUCAACUUAUUUAUUAGCUUAAAUGUGUAACUGCGUGGUGGUAAGCUCUUUCUGGUUGUAUAUCCCAAGUCCAACAUAUCUAUGUCAAAAAAACAAUCAUACAUUUUUAGAAAAUUUAGAGUUUAUUUUUGGUUGCAAUUCUAAAUAUUCUGAGUAAGAAAUAUGACUAUGAUAAAAAUUGUAUUUUUAUUGUAUUUAAAAUGUUGAAGGACUAAAUUUAUCUUUAUUAUUAAUAAUGUAUUAAUAAUAAUAUUAAUAUCAAUCAAUGUAUUUGCUGGUAAUUUUUCUAGCUGUAGCUUUAAUAACUCAAAUGGUAUGACACUCGCUUAGUUAGUGAAAGUUUGCAGAUUCAAAUUCUGCCGAACAUACUAGUUUCAUACAACUAAAAAAAGGGCUAUUGUAUGCGUCAUAUGAUUGUAACACUAUGUCCCUAUUUGAGCUCUGUUUUUAUUUUUUUAUUUAUAUUACGUUUACAGUGCUAUGCAGCAAACCUAAUUUGAAUAUUACUAAUUUGAAUGUUAUUUACAUGGUCGAUAUAAACAUUUUCUUCUGGACAAUAUUUUGUGACAGUAACCCUGGCGUUUACAAAAAGCUGAUUAUUGGGGAAGUGGGGUUCUUUCAUGAAUACAAUGAAAAUGUAAAAACUAGUGUACAAACAUCUAUUUUAAAUUCUGUCCACACUACUGUAUAACAUGUUUUGUGACAAAUAUCACAUUUGUUUGUCAGCAGCUGUGUGGACAGCUUUAUAAAUGAUUGAGGAUAUAAAAAAGAGUAAAAUGAGAAUAAUAUAUUAAUUUUGAUUUAUAUUGUUUAUAUUGUCAUUGAGAAGUCGAAAUGUUUUUGUUGUAUUUCGACCAAAAGCAUAAUUAUGUAGCAUGCAGUGUAAUGAUUUGUAUUCUGAUCAAUGUAUGAUUUUAAAAGUUGCUGAUGUUUGAUGUCCACGCUUAAUUUCUUUUAUUGGAAGAUGUACCAAGUUUGUUAAAAAAUUUUAGGCCUAAGCUUUCUCUAAGUCUACUGCAUUUUCGAAAAUAGUGACUUGGAAGAAUGAGUAUAAUAAUAUUAAUAGGACUUAUUAUGUAUGUACAUUGCUAUAUGCAGUUAAAAAAAAUACUUUACAAAUAAACUCUUUUGUUAUAUAUGUUGGAGCCAGAUGAAGGAGAUUGUUUGGUUCCACAGUCGAUGAUUCUUAUGGUUUAAUUUUAAAUCAAGUUGAUAUUCGCAUAGGUCAGACUAUGACGCAUUUAACAUUCCUCUUGUAAAGUAUUUGUAAAUUCUAGAGGGCUAAAUAGUACGCAAAGUUGUUAUUGGGUUUUGUAUUGUUAGUGUGUUUUAUUAUUAUUAUUAUUAAUUAAAAUAUUAGUUAUUUUAAUUAUUGAUAUUAUUUGGAGUCAUAUUGUCAUAUUUUUGGUUCAUUUUUUGUAAAGAUUUGAUUAUUCUGGCAAUGUAUACUAACAAAUACUGUAUAUAAUUUUGUGUUGUAGAUAAUUUGGCCAUGUGAAAUGGUGGUAACUUUAUUCAUUACUAUUUGUAAAAGCCACAUGGGAAUGGGGAAGGAAUUAAAACAUUGUAAUUACAUCAAAAUUUUCUACGAAAAGAAGAA